AUGAAAGUGACCAGAGAAGAACCAGUAGUGCAGCAAUUCAGACAAGAACCCAAAAAUAUGGAAACCGACGAAUAUUUAGAAAUAAGUUCGCCGCCGUUAUGGAAGAGCAACAGCCCAUCACAUCCACUGCUCCGCCGCCACAGCCACCGCCGCUCCUUGUCGGAGAAAUCCAGGGUGGAAGCCAUUGCCAGAGGGCAGUGGGAGCUCAUGGAAAUGGUGAAAGCCAUGCCCGAAUCCUCGUACGAACUCUCCCUGAAAGAUCUCGUCGAGCAUCGCUACAGAGUUGAAAAUCAUCAUCCGGUCCCACAAACAGCGGAUCAACCGGUGAAGGUGGUGGUAGUGAAGAGAGAGAAAAUCAAGAGAGAUGGCGGAAAUAAUUUGAUGAGUGGUGGUGGUCGGAGUUUUCAGAACAAAGGGUUGUUUAUUAACAUGGUGUUUCCGUUUUCGUUGAAGCCCAAGAAAAGGAAAAAGUCCGGUGGUGGUAAUAAUGGCGGCGGCGGCGGCGGCGGCGGUGGUAAGUAUGUGCUGACUGGUUGCUGGCCGGCCCUUUUCCCACUCCGGAAGAAGUAA